AUGGAUCAAAAUGUUGGUGUCGGUGUAACUCUCCCCGUUCCGGUGUUUGAUGGUGAGAAUUACCAAGUCUGGGUUGUGAAGAUGAAAGCGUUUUUGAAGGGUUCAGAUAUGUGGGAAGCCGUAGAAGAGGACUAUGAAGUUACUCCGUUGGGUGCUAAUCCUACAGCGAAUCAAAUAAAGUUGUACAAGGAGAGAAUGGCGAGUAAAGCAAAGGCCAUGUCUUGCAUCUUCUCGGCAGUGUCACCGUCGAUCUUCACGAAGAUCAUGGGGUUGGAGUCUGCCAAAGAGAUGUGGGAUUUCUUGAAGAAGGAGUAUGAAGGGGACGAAAAAAUCAACGGAAUGAAAGUCAUGAAUUUGUUGCGAGAGUUCGAGCGACAACAAAUGAAGGGAAGCGAGUCAAUAAAAGAUUAUGUCGAUCGUCUUGUCGAUAUAAUCAAUAAGGUAAGAAUUCUUGGCACUAAAGUUGAAGAUGUUAAGAUUGUGCAAAAAAUUUUGGUUUCUAUACCGGAAAAGUUUGAAGCAACGGUGGCAUCUUUGGAAAACACUAAAGAUAUGUCAAAAAUCAAGCUCUCAGAAGUUCUUAAUGCCCUUCAAGCACAAGAACAAAGGAGGCUUAUGCGAAAGGAAGAUUCAGUGGAAGGUGCUUUAGUAGCAAAAGAAAGAAUAAAUUCUGCAGGAAAUGAAAAAUUUAGUGAGCAAUUCAUUGAAUCGUGCAAACAUUGUGGUAAGAAAGGUCAUCCAUAUUGGAGAUGUUGGAAAAGACCCGAUGUUAAAUGCAGAAAAUGCGGUAAAAUGGGACAUGUUGAGAAGAUUUGCAAAGAAAAGAACACAGAGAAUGUUGAAGUUGAAGCAAAUAUGGUUGAAGAAAAGGAAGAGGAACAACUCUUUUGA